GCUGCGUAGAGAAGAUCCUGGAUCGUGGUUGCCCUGAACCACGGUCACGGUCACCAAUGUUCAGCUUGUUUACAAUAUGCCGCCCAGACGCUGUCCGGUGACCGGUGCGCACGCCCACUCUGUUUCAGACAGUCAGACGAUAAUGUAAAUGAUUAUACCUACCUAAUGAAUCCAAGUUAUCCAACGACCAACAGUCAAACGACGAGUCCGAAUGGACCGACAGUUAACUAUUUACGUUUGAUUUGAAUUUCGAUCUUCGUUCUUGAAGCCUGCUAGAGCAGUUGAGCUCAAGCCCCAAAUCUCGGUGGCUGUUAAUAGAUAAAAAAAUAAUAAUAAGGAUUUUUUUAUAGUGUCUACCUAGAGAUUACCUAGGAUUAUAAUAAUUGUUCAACUUCUCUAUGACUACCCCAGACUACUUUAAAAGUAACUGAAAAUAUAAGUCAUUAAAAUUAUUUAUAUUUUACCUCAUUAAAUCAUGGAACUUAAUGAUGAAAAGGAACCUAAUGAAAACAUACAAGAUCAGAAAAUAGAUUUUAAUAAUAUGGGAUGUGUCACACAAAAAAAAAUUAAAAAAGAAAACAUUUGUCUUGAUGAUGAAGAAGAUGAUAUUGAUGUCGAUGAAGACAAUCAAAUAAUGCCUGCCAAUAUGUGUUUAUUGGCAGAAAAAACUUUAUGCGAUGAAAGAGAAGAUGCGUGGUUAAUUGAUGAGGGUAGUGAUCACUCUAUUGAAUCUGAUUUUGAUUUCUCAUCUUGUAAGGGCUUUAAGGAGGAUAUAAAUACUAAUUCAAAAUCACCAAGGUCAGUUACCCAAAAAAUAAAAAACUCUACCUUCGGCUCUAAGAUAAAUGAACCAAUUUCUGAUGUCAAGGAAACUAAAGAUGAUCCAGAUUUAUCAUCUGCAAAAUUGCUUGAACGUGUACAGCAUUUGACUAACUCAACUUUGAACGAAUUAUAUCGCCCACCACGUUCAAACGUCAUACCAGGUCCAUCAUGUUCAACCAGCAUACCCAGUUCAUCUGAUUCAACCAACAUACCUGGUCCAUCGACUUCAACUAACAUACCUAGUUCAAUAUCUUCAACCAACUUAGCUGGUCCAUCGUCUUCAAUCAAAUUACCUGGUCCAUCAUCUUCAAUAAACUUACCUGGUCCAUCGAAUUCAACCAACAUACCUGGUCCAUCAUGUUCAACCAGCUUACCUGGCCCAUCUCGUGUUGUUUCUUUACAUCAAUUUCCUAGCUUAUUGGAUUCAGAUGAUAUAAAUUUGAGUAGAGAACAACAAGCACUACUUUUAAGUAGUUUUUAUAAUAAAUUAUUUUUGAACAAUUGUGAUGAACAAAAGAGUAGUGAACUAACUAAACGUAUUAGAAUAUCAAAAUUAGAAGAUUGUAAUUAUGUAAAACAAUAUUUAUCGAGAAACACACAUUUAAAAAAUACCGAUGAAGAACCUGAAACCGAAAAUGCUGAAUGUUUUGUAGAAGAUCCAGAUAUUGUUAACCCCGAUAUAAUGUACAAUAUUGAUCUUAAUGAAUAUUAUAAUGAGUUGGAUCUUUUAGCUUUGAAAGUGUUAAAAACACCUGAUGAUCCAACAGGAUUGGUUGAAUACAAGCUAUUGCCUCCUAUUCCUAAAAUUGAACGGCCACGUCGACAAUUUACUGAAGAGGAACGUUUUAGAUUUGCAAAUGGUAUUUCAGAAUGGGAGUAUCAAAUUGAUCGCGAUGACUGGAAUAAAAUAAUGGUAAAACGAUCUGUAGUAUUCACAGCUCAUGCUGGAUUUAGUAUAGCAAACGAAGAAAGCUUAUAUGUUUUAGCAGAUGUAGCUAUUGACUAUGUAAAAAGAUUGGCUGUUAUUAUGAAAAAACAUUUCGAUAUCCAAGCAAAUAACCCAUAUCCAGAUAGUAUUGAUCCAAUUGAUAAUAGUCUUCAAGAGAUUGGUGUAAAAGGUGGUAUAAGAGAACUGAUUCAACAUUUUGAAAAUGAUGUUUUUAAUAGACGUAACAAGCUUUUAAAGAAAUGUCAACAUUUGAAAAAGAUUAUUGAUCGGCAAAUCAUCAAUAUAAUUAAAACCCAAACGUUCACUCCCGAAGAAUUGGAAGAAGAAUACUCAACUAUUGAAGUAGAAGAAAGUGUUUUAUCGACAGAAAUGGACACAACAACAGAAGAAGAAAAAACUGAAAUUGAGUCAGGAAUUGAAGAAGUUAUAGUUGAAACUCAAUAUCCUACAGAUGAAAAUAUAUUCACGGAUACUGAAAUUGAGCAGAUAGAGCCUCUCUAUGUUGACAGUACAGAUAUUGAAGUAAAAAUGAAUACUGGUUCAAAAAAUAUUGAACAUAUAAAAAUCAAUGCAAUGAACAUAAAAGAUAAAAGUAUAAACAAUUCAAGAAUUCCAGACUUUGAUAAAGGAAUGGAAUUUGAUCUUUUAAAGCCGUUAGUUGAUCAUCCAGAAUAUGUUCAAUUUGGGCAUUCCGGCAGAAAGGAUAGACUUCCAGAGUGGAAAAAUGCUUGUGCUUCAGAGAGUGAUCCUGAUCCUCCAAAAUCUGAAAAAUUAUUAGACCUAGGUACUCCGAAAAAAGUAAUGAAAAACUUACACUCACCAUUAAAAGUAUCACCACAAGUGCAGCUAGAUGUACCUGUUAAAGAUGAAAAUGAUCUAGGACUUAGUAGAAUGGCAGAUCAAUUAGAUGAAGAUUUCAAAGAUUAUCAGACUUCACUCAUAGACGACAAUGUCCAAACAAUAUAUGUCCAUACAUUGUCUGAUAUUGAUGAGACAAUGUCUUUAAAUGAUGAUAAUGCUGAUAAUUUUGUUCAAGUCAUUCCUGUGGUUAAUGAGAAUGAUGAUACUGAUUCAAACGCUGAUUAUGAUAUAGUCUCUGUGCAUUCUUUUAUUUAAGAUUUAAAAUGAUGAUGGAAAUUCUAUUAAUCAGCAGUUUAAAAGUAUUAGAAACACAAGAUGGAUUUUAUUUAAGAUUUCAAAGUUCAAAUGUUAUCAAAAUCAUGAACAUUUGCAAAUUAUUUUGUUGUUGAGAAUUUAUAAAAUUUGCUUUGAC